AUGGCGGCGCUCUACCGCCGUCUCCUCCUCCUCAGCCGCCUCUCCCCGACCCCAUCCCACCUCCUCACCCGCGCCACAGCCCAGCCCGCCCUCGCCUCCCCGCUGCUCACCCCAUCCCGCCACCUCGCCUUCUCCUCCGCCGAGGAAGCGGCCGCCGAGCGCCGCCGCCGCAAGCGCCGCCUGCGCAUCGAGCCGCCGCUGCACGCCCUCCGCCGCGACGCCACCCCGCCGGCCCCGCGGGACCCCAACGCGCCCCGCCUCCCCGACACCACCUCGGCGCUCGUCGGCCCGCGCCUCAGCCUCCACAACCGCGUGCAGGCCCUCAUCCGCUCCGGCGACCUGGACGGCGCCGCGCUCGAGUCCCGCGCCGCCGUCUCCUCCCGCGUCCGCCCCACCGUCUUCACCUGCAACGCCAUCGCCGCCUCCAUGGUCCGCGCGGCCCGCCACGACGACGCCGUCGCGCUCUUCGACUUCUUCUUCCGCCGCUCCGGCAUCGUGCCCAACGUCGUCUCCUACAACACCCUCAUCCUCGCGCACUGCGAGGCCGGCCGGGUCGACCAGGCGCUCGACGCCUACCAGGAGAUGCUCGACGGCGCCACCUCCUUCUCCCCCUCCGCCGUCUCCUACCGCCACCUCACCAAGGGCCUCGCCGCCGCCGGCCGCAUCCAGGACGCGCUCGACCUCGUGCGCGACAUGCUCAGCCGCGGCCAGGGCGCCGACUCGCUCGUCUACAAGAACCUCAUCGACGGCUACAUCCGGCUCGACGACUGGGAAAAGGCGUUCGAACUCUUCGCCGAGCUCCGCGAGAAGACCACCGUCUACGACGGCGUCGUGCACACCGGCAUCAUGGAGGGCUACUGGGCCAAAGGCAUGGACAAGGAGGCCAUGGACAGCUACAGGUCGCUCCUCGACAUGAACUUCAAGAUGACGCCGGCCACCUGCAACGUCCUCCUCCAGACGCUCUUCAAGCACGGCAAGCACAAGGAGGGGGACGAGCUCUGGGAGACCAUGAUCGACAACCACAACCCGCCCAGCUUCAUCGGCGUCAACAGCGAGUCCUACACCGUCAUGGUCAACCGGUGCUUCAACGAGGGCAGGUUCCACGACGCCAUCGAGGUCUUCCACAGGCUGCCCAGGAAGAACGUCCAGUUCGACGUCGCCUGCUAUAACAACAUCAUCGGGAAGCUCUGCGAGAACGGGAUGCUCCAGGAGGCUGAGAAGCUCUUUGAGGAGAUGGAGAGCAAGUCAGUGCUCCCCGACGUGUACACCUACACCUACCUCGUCGACUCGUGCUUCAAGGCUGGGCGUGUCGAGGACACCAUGCAGUACUUCCACAAGAUGGCAGACGGGAGGGAGCACGGACCAAAAUUCAAUAUCGCUUUCUUCAAUCGGAUGUUUGAGGGGCUUACAGAAGGUGGCCGGAUCGAAGAUGCCUUGAAGGUGUAUGGAAGGAUGCCUGACAAGGAGAUUAAGCCGUCCACAGCCACCUUUGAGAUCCUGGUCAAGGCGGCCUGCAAGGAAGGGGAACUGGAUAAAGCGCGGGACUUGGUGAGGGACAUGGCAAGAGGCGGCAUUGUCGCUCCAGCUGAGUUCCAUGAGUAUGCUGUUGAGAUUUUCAAGGAUGCUGAUCGCCAGGAGGAGAUUGAGCAAGCUUUUGAAGAAAAGCCAGUGCCUGUGCCACCUCAGCCAAGGCCAGAGUUUCGCCCUUGGAGUUCCUCACCUCAGGGAGGACUACCGGGAUUUGCAUCUAAUCAUCAGACAAGGGGUAGCUACACACCUCAACAAGGCCAGUCAGGAUAUGGUUCUCCUCAACCAUUCCACCAUGGUGAUGGUGUACCUAAAAUGCUGCAACCUAAGGGGGUAUCUUCGGAACCUGAACAGCUUGGAUAUGGCACUCCUCGACCGCAACAAUCAGCAGAUGUUGCUCAUCGGACUCAACAUCCUGGGUAUGACACAUCUCGUCAAUGGCAGACAGGGUAUGACUCUCACCAAGCGCAACAGCCUGCGUAUGGCUCUCAACAAGUGCAGCAGCCAGGGUACGUCUCUCAUCAGUCGCAACAGCCAGGUUAUGUCUCUCGCGAAGCGCAACAGCCAGGGUAUGGCUCUCAGCACGCCCAACAGCCAGGGUAUGGCUCUCACCAUGCCGGGCAGCCUGGGUAUGGCGCUCACCAGGCGCAGCAACCUGGGUAUGGCGCUCACCAGGCACAACAGCCUGGGUAUGGCACUCACCAGGCGCAACAGCCUGGAUAUAAUGUUCAUCAAGCGCAACAACAUGGAUAUGACACUCAUCAGGCGCAGCAGCCUAGUUAUAUUACUCAUCAGGCGCAGCGGUAUGGGUAUGGUGCACCUCAGCCAUCGCAGCCACCUUUUGCUCCUCCUGAAGCACCGCAACAUGGUCUUGGCACUGCUCAGAGUCUACCACGCAAUGGCCACAUAGGAAAUCAACAUGAUCAGUUUGGAUCUUCUCCUCAAGGCGGACGGAAAUUCGACACUCAGCCACCGUGGGAUUCUGGUGCUCAUGGUGCACCACAAUCAAGUUUGUGCACUGCUCAGGGCCUGCCACACUAUGGCCACAGAGGAAAUCAACACGAUCAGUUUAGAUCUCCUCAGGGCGUACAAAAAUUUGGCACCCCGCAGCCACAGGACUCUGGUUCUCCUGAAGCACCACAGUCUAGUUUGGAUACUGCUCAGAGCCGGCCACACUAUGGCCACAUUGGAAAUCAGCAUGGUCAGUUCGGGUCUCCUACUCAGGACGGAGUGAAAUCGGGCACUCAGUCACCGCAUGAGGAUUUUGGUGCUCAGCCAUCAGAUGAAAUGGCUGUCAAGUAUGCUGAGCGGUACUAAUUUUUUGGCAAUUUUGUGCUCGGAAGAAAACAUAUUCUAAAUUAAGCAAUAGGUACCGCAUGUAGUCCUAUAUAGACAGUGUUAUGCUGUUUCAUUCCACAACACCCCACCCCCAUCCACCUAUUUCGUCCUGUGUGAUUCUGUUUGGUUAUAUUUGUAGACCGCAGUGAUAUUCAUGGGGCAUUGUGAAACAGCUGUUGUCUUUAUUCAUAACAAGCUGGUGCAUGGUUGCAAUCCAGGGGAACAGAGCCCAGGCUGCUGGCAUUCUCUGUCCUAGGCGUUUUCCCUCUACGUUGUUAGCCUUCUACUGCUUGUGGUGUAAUUUUAGAGUCCAGCCAUGUGGGCGUCUUAAGUAAAUAAUAACUCUCUUCAUAA